AUGGCUCGAGCGGACAGGGUCACUGAAGCUGAAAUUCGUGCAUACGAAGAAGCAACACAAGAAUUUGGUAAUGAUGCAGCAAGGAUCGCAGCGCACCUUGGAGGCCAAGAACAACUGACUCCCCAUGCUCGGCGUAUUUAUGCCUCAGGAAAUCUCCAGCCAAUCAAAAACAGGUUGAAGAGUGUCAGACGCCGAAUCGCGCAGAGCGAUUUAGUUGCAGGACAUCUUCCCCCUGAUCCCAAUCGUAGGGAUGCCAGGUUUGCAUAUGAACUGGAGAAUGUCAUCAAUCCCCAAGCAUUGCAGGAUUUCAUGGUAAACGCAGAGGCAAGAGAGGCAGCAGACCCCGUCGCCAGACCUCUCGAUGACCAGGAUGAUGACCAAGACAAUAAUCUGCCUGAAGACGAACCACAACCAGGUCAAGCAAACAAUGGACAAAAUGACCCACAAAAUCCACCACCAGAUGAAGAGGAACCAGGUCCAGCGAAUCCUGAUGCCCAAAACCAAGUUCCAAGCAAGACAUUUCUACUCUCCACAAUCCUGGCCGAUGUCAGGAACAGGGGAGAUGUUGCUUUGGCCACGGCUACCAGUGGCAUCGCAGCCACAUUACUGAUGAAUGGGAGGACGUUGCAUUCGAGAUGUAAAGUUCCAGUCCGGAUGUUGGAUGAUUCCUCCAUGUGUAACAUCUCGAAACGCGAUGCUACGGCGGAGAUCAUUCAGCGGUGCAAGCUCCUUGUGAUUCACGAGGUCACCAUGGCACAUAGGAACGUCUAUGAAACCGUGGAACGCACGUUCCGAGACAUCAGAGAAUCUGAGGAAACGUUUGGAGGCAUUACUGUGCUCUUCUCUGGGGACUGGCGGCAGAUCCUACCAGUUGUUAGACAUGGUAAUCGAGUAGAUAUUAUCGACGCUUGCCUGAAAAGCAGCCCACUAUGGGCGCAGGUCCAUGUUCUCAAGCUCAACAAGAACAUGAGGGUAAACGCAGAUGAGGACUCGGCAAUGAGCUUUGCUGACGAACUCCUGCGCAUUGGACAGGGGCAGAUCUCAACUGAAAGAAGCCUAGGUCGAUACAAGAUACGGAUACCAGAGGAAUACACGUUAGAAGAUAAAAUGCUUGCAGGCCUCUGCAACUUCGUUUGGGGAGAUUUGCCGGAGGAUGAAAUUUCUUCUGAAUGGCUCUGCUCGCGGGCCAUUCUUUGUCCAACGAACAAAGAAGCCGACGAAGUAAACCAGCUGAUGAUUGAGAAAUUCCCAGGGGAGCAACGGCUGUACAAGAGCUCUGACAAACUUCCGGAUGAGGAAAACAUCCAUCAGAGUCCACACGGGGAAAAGAUCUUUAUCCCAAGAACUCCUAUUCGGCCUUCUGAUGCGAUCUUCCCGUUCAACAUGGAGAGGAGACAAUUCCCAAUCAAAAUAUGCUUUGGGAUGUCUUCAAACAAGGCCCAGGGACAGACUCUAACCAAGGUCGGCAUCUUCCAGUGCCAGGACUUCUUUACCCAUGGCCAACUUUACGUUGCCAUGAGUCGAGUCCGAGAGAAGGCGAACAUCUGGUUGGUUCACAGGAAUGGUAGAUAUCAGGGCAAACAAGGGCUCUACACAGACAAUGUUGUGUACCCAGAAAUCCUGUCGUAA